AUGUCAAUCCACGCUCCAAGUUCCUCUUACUGCCAUGAGCUUCGGCAUGCCAGACACUCGUCUUUCAACGGCGGAAUACCGCUUCACGCUUUUCAUCGAGGUCGAGAUGCUGAAAGACAGGCCACAGCCAAAGAUGACUACACAGCCGCAUAUAUGGGCAAAUUUAGUGACUGCUUGUUCCACAGUCCUGAAAACUCAUCCAUUUCGAGACCUUUAUCUUCCAAAAGCGAUCUGUCCUUACAUUCUGACGUAAACUCGGUUUUCGGAUCCUCAUCAUCGCUGCCGGCUUUCACUAAGACUGGAUCAUUUCUUCGACGGAACUCACAGUCUGCAGUUGCCAAAUGUGUCCAAAACAGGCUUGAAAAGGAUAAUGGGAAACGACUGGUUUAUCAGUUCUUGAAUGUGGAAGAUGGCAGCGCAGAAAAGCCAGACGCACAAAUAUCACACACAUCUCGACCUUCUAUGUCAUCAUCGGCGUCCCAGGACGAAUCGCUGUCGCAGUUGAUCCUGUAUGAUUUGAAGGAUGCGAAUGGAUUGCGCGAAGGCGCUUUUCGGGAAGAUUUCAAUUGUUCUGGUUCGCCCAGCUCGACCUGCACACCGAGCAUAACUCUAGCCGGUGAACUCACAAAACUAGAUAAAGGCGUUAGAAGUACGCUGGCAGAACUGAUAGCCAAAGAUCAUGCUAUGAACGAGGCUUCGGCAGAUCUGGAUUCGUUACAGAUGGAAAUACAGAGGAUUCAACAAGAAAUACUGGAAAUUCAAACCCAAGUGACUGGCCACGACGUUAAGAUACAAUCUGCUUUCAGGAUACAAGACGAAGACUCCUUCAUUUCUAAAUUCACUGCGAGUAUCUCCUCUUACAGCAAUCAGCUGGCUACAUUUGAGAGAUACAUUGGCAAAUGCAAGACGGAAUUAAUGGAACACAAGGCUGCCGUGCACAAGUUCGAGACAACCAUCAAACUGAAUGAGAUGCUGAGAGAUUCUCAAGAUAGUAUGUGUGUCGUGGAUCGACUGCGAGAAUACAAAGGCAUCAUCACAGACCUUUUGGCUUUGAUUUUGAUUAUAACAGUGGCAGUGAUGUUCAAAAAAUUCUUGACCCAUAAAUGA